CAAGAAGCGGGUGCAGUAAAGGAUUGGAGUUUCCAUCAGUUCUCAAAUUGGAUGUCUGCUUUUCCUCCAACGAUGGGUUCCCUGCUCUGGGACUGGAAGCUGUCAUACCUUCUUCUCUAUGUGUCUGUUCUCCUGCUGCUCAGCCAGGGGGAGAGGAUGUGCCCGACCAGCUGCCGCUGUGAGGGGAAGAUUGUUUAUUGUGAGUCUGGCAUCUUUCAAGACGUCCCAGAAAACAUAUCCACUGGUUGCCAGGGUCUUUCUCUGCGCUACAACAGCCUGCUGAUUCUCCUUCCGUACCAGUUUGCUCAUCUGAACCAGUUAAUCUGGCUUUACCUGGACCACAACGCCAUCAGCGCCAUUGAUGGUUUAGCUUUCCAAGGGCUGCGUAGGCUCAAAGAACUCAUCCUUAGCUCCAACAAGAUAGCACACCUCUACAAUAAUACUUUCAACGCUGUUCCGAACCUGCGCAACCUUGACUUGUCCUACAACCAGCUUCAGAUCCUGGAACCUGGCCAUUUUUACGGGCUUCGGAAACUCCAAAACCUGCACCUUCGGUCCAAUGGGCUGAAAAGAAUACCUGUCCGAACGUUUCUGGAAUGUCGUAGCCUGGAGUUUUUGGACUUGGGUUACAACCGCCUGAGGACCCUAACCCGGACUAUCUUCCUCGGGCUGUUCAAGCUGAAGGAACUUCAUUUGGAGCAUAAUCAAUUUUCGAGGAUUAAUUUCUCUCUGUUCCCUCGUCUUACCAACCUCCGGGCUCUCUACUUGCAGUGGAACCGCAUUAGAACCAUCAAUCAAGGCUUGCCUUGGAUCUGGCUCACGCUGCAGAAAUUAGACCUCUCAGGAAACGAAAUCCAGAUCUUGGACCCUGGCGUGUUCCAGUGCAUGCCAAAUUUACAGACACUCAAUCUUGAAUCUAACAAACUUAACAACGUGUCCCAGGAAACGGUGUCUGCCUGGGUCUCCAUCACCACUAUCAACAUGGCGGGAAACUCCUGGGACUGCAGUUACAGCAUAUGCCCCCUGGUGGCCUGGCUGAAGACCUUUAGAGAUCCGAAGGACAUCAGCAUGAUAUGCAGCAGUCCCAAAUCAGUUCAGGGAGACAAGGUCAUGGACAUAGUAAAGAACUACUCCAUAUGUGAGGACUUUGGAGAUGGGGCCCUUACUACAGGCGUAAUGGCCGUUCCGCCCACCUCAGCUGUUGUCAGUUUGGGGCCCACCUCUCCCUCUGACUCGGUCACAACAAGCCAAGGUCCCCCUGCUCCACCAGUCCAGACCCUCACCCCUCCAGCUGAGAUAGACUUUGAGCACAUGGCCUUCCAUAAAAUCAUUGCAGGCAGCGUAGCCCUGUUCCUGUCGUUGUCGUUGAUCCUACUGGUGAUUUACGUCUCGUGGAGGCGUUAUCCCAGUUCCAUGAGGCAGCUGCAGCAACAGUCAGUCAACCACAAGCGCAGGAAAAAGGCCCGCAAGCAGGACCUCAGCCUCAACUCUCAGCUCCAAGAGUACUACCUGACCUACCAUGCUAACUCUGACACCACGGACACCCUGGUGAACGAGGCAGGCCCGUGCACCUGCACCAUCUCGGGAUCCAGAGAGUGCGAGGUGUGAGGCGGAAUCUUCAUCCCACAUUGACACUGCAACUGAGAGCCAGAGGGUGAAACCUGCCUGGAAUGCCUCUGCUUCUAUACACAGAAUAUAUAUAUAAAUGUACAGCAUAAACUCUACAGACUCCAAGUGGUCUUGACAGACUCAGAAGACAUCAGAAGGAGUUGCCUCCGCAGGAGAUCAGACAGUGUUGGACUUUCUCUACUAGGACAGAGGCAUUGUGUCAUUCCUGGUCAUAACGAAGGACCGCCCCUGUAACCCUUCACCCUCGUGACCAAAACUGAUGUUAUUAUCUCCCAGGUCAUGUGCACAUCUAACAGCAGGAUGACAUCCUUCAUGUUCCUAUUGCAACCUCCUCUGACCAUGGACUCGUUGUCACUCACGUUUAAAUAAACUGCUGGCGUCACACUGGAACUGAACACAGAGAAUUAAACGCAUAAAGUCAGUCUAUUCACUGUACAUAGAAACUAUUAACAUUUGACUUUUUACAGCGCAUGCUGCCCCUCAUUCAAGUCUUGGGGAGCAUUUUUGGUAGAGCAUAACUUGUGAAAGUGAUUUCUGUUCAGAGGUUUGUCAGGGUCAAAUGAAAGUAAUCCCAGGUGUUGGAUGAUAUUUAAUGCGCCUCAGUUUCUUUUCCGUCUGACAGUUUGUGUUGUGGGCUUCAGAGAAGUCUAGAAUGUCCAGUCCAUUUGUCUCUGUCAGAAAAUAUAGCACUGUGUUUGACUUCUUUGGAUUUGCUGUGUUGUAGUGUUGAUCCAGUGUAAUGCAAAUGCUUUUUACAUGAACACACAUGUAAGAAUGUGGAUGAUUUGUAGAACUAUAGCUACAUGCUUGACACUAUUUGCAUCAGGUCUAGCUUACGUCUAGCUGUUGGGACUCAAACAAUCGAACAUUUGACUUUUAAUCUUGUGUACGUACUAUCCUACUGUGUGUUUUAUUACUCACAAAUGUGUGUU